GACGGUGGGCAAAUAUCAGUCGUAGCUUGGAAACGCUGACACACACACACACACACACACACACACGUACUGUACACACACACACACACACACACUGAGACACACAUCCUUGCAGGUCCUGAGGGCUUCACUGGGGGAUUAAAAACAACCUGCCUCCGUCCUGUAGCUGCUCAUCAAACAGCUGUCGCCAUGGCUCUCCUGUUCGGGGGCAUGCUGCUGCUACUGUGUAGUUUUGAAACUGCUGAGGCCACUUUAAGCACCGAGAUGGACUAUGGAGGCGUUCCUCUGUGGAUCAACCGCCUGCUGGGGGAGCCGAGUGUGUUGACUCUGCAGGGGCGGAUGGACCCCGCUUGGUUCCGCGCUAACAACCCCCAGGCCUGUCCCGAGCAGUGUGACUGUCCAGUUCAGUGGCCCACAUCACUCUAUUGUGACCAGCGAAGGCUGAAACACAUCCCUGACCACCUACCUGAAAGAACCCAGUACUUGUUUUUACAGGGUAACAACAUUUCAUUCCUGCCUUCCUCUGUCCUGGCCAACGUCACUGCUCUACAUUGGCUCAUCCUGGAUAACAACCAGCUGCAGAGCGACCAGCUGGAGCUGACCUCUCUACAGAACAUGACCAAGCUGCGCUACUUUUUUGCAAACCGUAACCAGCUGAGUUCAGUGCCCAGCGGUCUACCGACUGGGCUCAAGCAGUUGAGACUGGCCCACAACAAUAUCAGCAGCAUCAGCCCGGGUGCUUUCCAGAACCUGCGCAACCUGACGCUGCUGCUGCUGCACGGAAACAGACUACAGACCAUCGCGGAGGGAGACCUCAAAGGUCUGGUCAGUCUCAGCCUGUUGGAUCUCAGUGCAAAUUUGUUUUCAGUGGUUCCCAGGCAUUUACCGCCCUCAGUAGAUCAGCUGUAUCUGUCAAACAACUCUCUCAGCGGCCCGGUUGAGGACAGUUUUGUUGACUUUCUCAACCUUAAGUAUCUCCGUCUCGGUCGCUGUGGCCUGCAGAGCCGUGACAUCCAUCCACAGGUCUUUAACCGCUCCAGCCUGGUGGAGCUGGACCUCUCCUACAACAAACUGACCACCAUUCCCACAGUCCCCACCACACUGCAGUACCUUUACCUGGAGGCAAAUGAGAUUCAAGAGUUCAACGUGACCAGUUUCUGCAGAGAGGUGGGACCUCAGUCUUACUCCAGGAUGAAGAUCUUACGGCUGGAUGGAAAUAAACUGUUCUACCACCAGCUGCCCCCUGACUGGGUGUACUGUCUGCGAGUGCUUCAGAAUAUUUACAUUUGAAUCUACCCUGUGAGCAUUGAUUAAAAACCAAGUACUGUAUGAACCCCUCCAACCCCAUCUGGUGCUACAAAGAAAAGCGGGACUGAACCUUUGAAUUUAUCCAGCUAAAUACAUUUAAGCUAAAACAACUUGACAAUAAAGCUUGAAACCACAGAGAAUGGCUCUAAAUCAUCAUUUCCUCAGUUUGUAGAGACAGAGAAGACAUUCAAAGUUUUCUUUUUCUUUUACAAAAAUCAAAAUUCUGAAAAACAGAAUACAUUUUCUCUUAUUACUGGAUACCAAUCUUUACCAAGUUCGGCCUCAUCUGAGUCGCACAUCUGUGUGUUAUUACUGAAUGGGAACCGUGGCAAACUGUGAUUGCUGACUUCAGUGAAUCAUGCGCAGAAAACAGAAAAUAUGUCUGAAUGGUAGAAUUCAAUAAACUUACCAUGAGAGACUCUGUCUCAGUUAACACAACAGAGCUGAGCAGCUACAGGAGCUGCACACAUGGAGCCUAAAGGUUAAAAUAAACAACAUU